AAACGCUUACGAGUUAUGACCUAACCCCUCUUUCUCUCUCUCUCUCUCUUCCCUCACUUCCUCAGUAAUAUCUAUCUCUUUCUCUCUCUCAUCAAUCUAUUUAUCAAAUUUCGAAUCUACUCACUCUCACACCAUGGACCCAACUUGGAUCUCUCCUCCGCCACCUCCGCCACCUCCGCCUGCUCCUCCGUCAAUCUCCGCCAGCGUCCCCUUCACCCUGGAAGCAGACAAUCACAUGCCUCCCGUCGCCGACAACGCCAACGAAAACCCCAAUCCGAACCAUCCAUCGUAUGACGAGAUGAUACAGGCAGCAAUAGGGGCAUUGAAGGAGAAGGAUGGGUCGAGCAAGAGAGCAAUAGGGAAAUACAUAGAGCAAACAUACAAAGACCUGCCACCAACUCACACAGCUCUGUUGACUCACCACCUCAACCGCUUAAAGGCAGAAGGGAACCUCGUUAUGGUCAAAAAAUCAUACAAACUUCCUGGAUCUCACCCCGACCAACCUUCCUCUCCCCAAACCCAGAGGCCCCGCGGUCGACCCCCCAAGCCCAAACUCCCAAUCCAGCCCCAAUCUCAGCCCACCGAACCAGUCUGGGCGGCUCUCGGCCUCUCCGACGACCCUGCAGCUCAAUCCGCCAAAAGGGGCCCCGGUCGUCCUCGAAAAAUUGGACCUCUGCCUGUGGGCUCCCCCGUCCCCGGCAGGAGAGGCCGCCCUCCUGGCUCUGGGAGAUCUAAAUUGCCCAAGAGGCCCGGCCGUCCUCCCAAGCCCAAAUCCGUCUCCGCCUUCUCCAAUGGGCUCAAGCGGCGUCCGGGCCGCCCGCCCAAAACCCAAUCAAACCUGACCGUCAUCCCCUUCGCCGCUCCUGUUCCUUCUGUGACUGCCAGCCUUCCCACAGUGCCGCCAGCUGUUCCAUCUGCUUCAGUACCCAAUGGGUCUCCCAGGCCCAGAGGGCGACCCAGGAAGAAUGCCGCUGAUGUGGGAGUUCCGGCACUGAAUACCGUUGGUGUUGCACCCCGUGGUCGUGGCCGCGGACGGGGACGCAAGGUCUUGCCGGGGAUGAGACAGGGUCCUCCUCAGAAGCUCGCCGUGGGAAGGCCCGUUGGCCGCCCUAAGGGAGCGACAGCUGCUAUCACAGCACAAAAGGCUGCUAAUGAAGAGCUUAGGAUGAAACUUGAACACUUUCAAUCAAAAGUGAAGGAAUCUCUUGGUGUGCUUAAGCCUUAUUUUAACCAUGAGAGUCCAGUCACUGCAAUUGCAGCAAUCCAAGAUUUGGAAGUACUGGCAACUUUGGACCUUAAAGCACCGUUGGGGGAUGAAAGUCAGCAACUUCAGCAGUUCCCACAGCAGCUUCCACCACAGCAGCAGCUGCCACCUCAGCCAUUGCCGCCACAGCAGCUGCCACAGACACAGAUGUAUGAACAGCAAUAUCCCCAGAUAUCUACUCAGCCUCAGCUGCAGCAAUUUUUUCAACCACAUACAUCAGCCCCGAGCUAGGGUGAAUUUAUACUGGCCUGGAUUUGAUGGAGAACCACUUGUACAAGUGUUUUUAACAAGGCAAAAAAGGUAAAAGAUCUGUAAAGAGGGUAGGAAGUAGCUGUACUGAUUUUUCUGGGAGUGAAAUGACCGUGUCAAUGUUAGUUUGUUGUUGUGCUCUUUUAGUUUGACCCCCAAGUAUUUUACUUGAAUAUAACUAGUGGGUACUGAUGAUUCUGUUGUCAUUCAAGUAUUAUUUAAUCGACUUUUACAGCUUACUGUAGUCACCGUAAUGUGUACGUUGAUCUCAUUUAAGCUUGUUAUCUCUAUCUGUCUCUCCCUCCCUUCCUGUCUUAAGUUUUAAGUAGUUAUUGCUUGCUAUUUCUAGUGAUUGUGCAGUGUAUGAACUUUAUUUAGUUUCUGCCCGAGCCUUAUUGCUGUUGUAUGGGUUUGAGAGAACCAAUGAUCCAGAGGAAUUCUCAUAUGUGAAGAUUCCUAUUUAUGACAUCCAAAUUCAACGAUCCAUUGCCAAAGGAAACUUUUGGUUAGAGUUUUGCGUCACUGUUUAUAGUUUCUCUUUUACCUUCUGUAUAGUAAUUUCCCCAAUUAUGUGAUUUUAGCUAUUAAAGUUU